CUUUCGGUGGUAUUUUACUGCUAACCUUCCGUCGCUACACUUAUGACCCGAGGCUAAAAAUCCUGGCUAUUUUUCUAAGCUUUGUGAUUGUUCAACGACUGAGACUACUGUUGAGUAUUUUAUAGCGUCACAUUGAAAGGUUUGUUCUAUUCUGUUCUGCGUAGCGACUUUUUUUCAGGUAAAAGAGCGAAGGUCGUCGUCCAGAGAACUCUCCAAUCCUUUCUUAUUGGACCUCGUUUAACACAGUAACUUUGAGAAAGCUCAAACUUGCCGAAAAAGAAGAAAAAGAAAACCAGCUAACCCAGUUUUCGUUUGAUUUCUCGUACCGGACACGCAGACGAUAACUGACUUGUGUUCUCGCUUUUCACCAGACCACACUACCAAAGCAAACAUCAGCGUGGAACUUAAUGAUUAUCGUAUGUGCUUUAUAGAAGUGGAUAUUAUUUGUUUGUUUAGACUGGGUUAAGUCUUACGAGUCAGGGCUAAUUUGGAAACGUUAUGCAAGCCAGAUGCUUUCCACUAAUAAUCCUUAUCAUUUCUUUAUUAGUUUGUUCAACAGCUGAUAAAAAACCAUCUCACAAAUUGGUCAAGAGACAAGUUCCGCCUCGACCUGGAGGCGAACGUACUUCGUUUCCACUUUCAAGAAGCAGACAGUUCCCACCUCCUGAAGAGCUAGAAGAAUCAGAAUACGAGGACAUCAGUGAAGAUGAUGAACCUGGAGUGCCGGCAUCUUCUUUUAGGGGACGACAACCUCCCCCGUUGUAUGAUUACUCUGACGAACAGAUUGUUACAGAAGCACCUAAAAUUACAACAGCCACUCCACCAAAGUCAACUUCGAGACCCAAUAUUUUCAAUAGCAGGGUGAACUCAAGACCUAAAUUUGGAGUCCAGUUCUCUACUAAGCUCAGUAGCACAACAGCUGCACCUAAAACGUCAACAGCUUCUAGCUCUAAUCCUCGUUUCAGAGCCACUCCCGCUCAAAGUCAAAGAUUAGAUGUAGUUGCAGAUAUUUUAAACAAGCCACCUCCUCAACGUUCAUCUUCAAGAGCUAUAUCCCCUUCCAGAACAGCUAAUGAAAACUCCAAUCAGAAACCUACUCCUAAAAGUCCAGUUGCAUCUGAUCAAGUUUCACGAAGAAGUGAAAGUAGUGGAAAUUCACGGAUCCGAAUGAGAGCAAGACCAAGAACUAGGUCAACAACAACUACAACCACGACAACUACAACUGAAGCCGUACCAGAAGAGUAUUAUUACUAUUAUGAAGAUGACGAUGAAGCUUCCAAAAAUCAACCAAUCGCUACUACAACUAGCACAACUACAACAACCACCACUCCUCGUCCUUCCUUACCUAAACGACCAUCCUUGAGCAAUCGACGACCUACAGCUGACAGAAAUAGCCGACCAACAUCAAGACCUGUCAUUAAAUUUGAUAUAGAAUCACAGUUUGUACCUCCUCCUGAGAAACCAGUUGACGUAAUAAAACCAAGUAGCAACAAGCCAAGACCGACAUCAAACCGAAAUAGUAAACCAACAUCAAGAUCUGUCGUGAAAUUCGAUCCGGAAUCUCAAUUCCAGCCUCCUCCGGAAGAGGUCACAGAUACUGAACCUUCUACUUCUGCUCCUAAAAGAUUUACAACAAGCACUACAACAGAACCUCCUGGUGGUUUCGGGGACAUACCUAUUCAUCUCCGUAAUCGAUACAAACCUAGAACGGAUGGUCGUUUUAUUGAUUUCUUGAGAGAUCCAAAUCGUCCAAGGGAACUGAAAGGUUUUGAUUUAACAGACUAUCCAUUUUAUGUGAGAGUUCCUGAGGAUAUCGUUUUUGAAUGUGAUGAUAAAAAGGACGGUUAUUAUGCCAGUGUGCCUCAUAAAUGUCAGUUGUUCCACUACUGCUUUGCUGGAGCCCGUUACGAUUUCUUAUGUGCCAACUACACCUUAUAUGAUCAGACGACUUUCACCUGCCGUUUUGCCAACAAUGUUGAUUGUUUGAGCUCUGAGAAAUUCUACUACAGAAAUGACGACUUGUGGAAGGAGACGACUACAACUUCAGCCCCAGAAACGACAACGAAGAAAAGAAGGCCUCGACCUAGGGACUAUGACUACGACGAUGAAUAUGAUUACGAUGAAUAUGAUGAGGAAGAUGAACCUGGACGCAGGAGGCGACCAUCGAGGAGGAGGCGUAACAGGAGGAAGAAUAAACGCAAGCAGCAAGAUGAGGAAGAAGAAUAGAUGAAGAAUAUCUUCCUAUAGAAACAUGUUCUUCGAAUAAUGAAAAAUCAUUGACGUUAAUUUGAGAUGUUUCAUUGAUAUCAUAAAUAGGUAUCUUUGGAAUAUAGCAAAUGUUCGAAAAGGUGGAAAAGAAUUUCAUUCUUUAUCCUUGCAUUGAUCUUAUAUCGUUGCCAAAUGUUGUGAUUGUGGGGCUUAGUUAAUUUUAAUUAAAUGUUCAAAUGAUGAUAGAUAUGCUUUUAAUUCAUCGUUCCUUGUGAGUAGUUGAAUUUCAAACAAUAAAAAUAAAUUUCUAAUGUCAAAUUUGACGAUUAAUUAAAGGCAUUGCUAUCACAUGUUUGUUUAGUUAGUGAAGUAUAUUUCAAUGUAAAUAAAUAUUGUUUCAGUUAGGAAAAGAUAAAUUGAAAAUACUUAAGUUAAAUAUAAUGUAGUUCCUUGCAGUUUUGUUUCAUAAUUUCUUUUAUUCAAAUAAAAAUAAAACAGUUUUAGUUUAUUAAUAGCAAUGUACCAUUUGUGCUGUGAUCCAUUUAAUUUCGAAGCAUUGCAUUUAAGUAAAUUUUUUGUCUUUUGUUGUGCAUCAAGGAAUUUUUUUUUAAAUAGAUAAAUUUAGAAUUAUCUGUUUUGAAUUUGUUUAAAUAUCAUUGAGCUUUAUUGAAUGAAAUAUAAGUAAGUCACUUUUCAAUGUAUUUUCCAAAGCGUAUUUGUUAUUUAAUUCAUUCAUUUCUAACGGUUGCUAAUUUAUGACAAUAUUCUGUAUAUGCUGUAUUUUGUGUAAUUAUCUUUUUCUGAGAUUUUGUUACAAAUAAAAUCGUUCAAUAUUGA